AUGGCGCCCCUCCGUGCUUCCACCGUGUUGACCUCUGUUCUGUCACUAUUGAGCUGUUUUCAAGCUUCCCUCGUUACUGCCGGACCUGUCAAUCGACGGUCAGAUGUACUCGUUAAAGACUAUCAUCCAGCACCCCGAGCAUGGGCGAAACAAGGCCCUGCCCCCAGCACUCACUUGAUCCACCUCACCAUUGGACUGUCCCAAAGUCGAUUCAACGAGCUUGAACGGCAUCUGUAUGAAGUGUCUGAUCCAUUUCAUCCCCGCUAUGGACAUCAUUUGUCCGCCGAGGAGGUCCAUGAGCUGGUCAAGCCGUCGGACAAAGCCUCUGCAGCUGUCCAUGAAUGGCUGCAAGAGUAUGGGGUCGACCCUGACCAGCUGCGAUACAGUCCGGCCAAGGAUUGGAUUUCCGUGACUUUACCUGUCGCCACCGUAGAAGAAAUGCUUGACACAGAGUACUCGGUCUACGGACACCAGGACGGGUCGACCGUGGUGCGCACCGAGGGAUAUUCGCUUCCUCUCUAUGUGCAUGAGCAUAUCAGCACCGUCCAACCGACCAACUCAUGGGCCAGACUGCAACGAGACCAGCCACGAACCGAGAUCAAGCAACGAAGCACGAUGGUGAAACGCUCGUCGCACGUCGCCGAAGUUGCUGACGAUUGGGCUCCUCCUGCUUCGAUCCCUCUCCCGGCCAACUCCACGAUCGAAGCCGUCUGCAACUUCACCGCCGUGACGCCAGACUGUGUGAGGACUCUGUACGGGACGAUAGACUACGAGGUAAAAGCGGCCGGCAAGAACAAGAUGGCGCACACGAACUACCUGGAGGAAGCCACCAAUCGGUCCGACAUCAGUAUCUUCCUGGGCAAGUAUCGGCCAGAAGCGCGGGCGUAUGCGUAUGAAUUCGAAGCCAUUUCCAUCGCCGGCGGAGUGCUUGACAACGGCACGAAUGUGGCCGAGGAAGGGCGUGACGAAGAGGCAAACUUGGAUGCCGAGUACAUGAUUGGCGUGGGAUAUCCGACCCCUCUGAUCGCCUACCACACGGGCGGCCGGAACCCGACCUAUGUGCCUGACAUCCUGACCAGCGACAACAGCGACGAGCCGUUCUUGGUGUGGGCGAACUACAUGACCGGCCUGCCUGACGAGGACAUUCCACAGGUGGUUUCCACUUCCUACGGAGAUGACGAGCAGACCGUGAGCCGAGCAUAUGCGGAAGCGGUGUGUAAUCAAUUCGCCCAGUUGGGAGCGCGUGGAGUCAGCUUGUUCUUUUCGAGCGGCGACUUCGGCGUGGGUCAGGACGAGACGUGUAUUUCCAACCUCGACAACUCGACCUACAUGUUCAUGCCUUCUUUUCCUACGGACUGUCCUUAUGUGACCGCCGUGGGCGCCACCACCAACUACCCCGAGUCUGCGGCCUGGAGGAAACUGAGGUCGGGAUUGUAUUUCACCAGCGGCGCCGGCUUCAGCAACUACUUCGACCAACCGGCGUAUCAGGCCAAGAUUGUGGACAGUUAUGUCGAGAGUCUCGGUGGACUUUACGACGGGUUCUACAACAAGUCAGGCCGUGCGUAUCCCGACAUUUCAUGCAUUGGACAAGUCUUCCCCACGAUCUGGAACGGCACGACGACAGGUCUGGUGGGAACUUCUGGCUCCUCGCCCAUCUGUGCGGCGGUCUUUGCUCUUUUCAACGACGCCUUGAUCGCUGAAGGUCGUCCGCCCAUGGGCUUCCUCAAUCCAUGGCUCUAUUCUCAUGGACACAACUUGUUCACCGACGUGACGAACGGGACUUCUGCCGGUUGUAACACGACCGGAUUUCCCACCGCUCCGGGCUGGGAUGCGGUGACUGGGUUUGGAACGCCAUAUUUGCCCAAACUCCUUGAUGCAUUUGGGUUGAAGAAGUAG